AUGGUGGCAGCCCGUGCAGAUGGCAGAGUUGUUUGGAUAAAUGGUGAUUUUCUUCCUAGCUCGCUUCCCACCUGCUCUUUGGGCUUCGACUCGCUGCUGCGGCCGCUCCCUGCUCCUCCCAGGAGCCGAUCUGUAUGUGUGACGGCAGGAUGGGGCGCAGACCCCGAGGGGAGGCCUGAGAUCGCAAGGGGCUCCCCUUCCCAGAGCGGAGGCGGGGACAGAAGGCGGGUGAAGGGAGCGGGCGGGCUGGGCGCGCGGGGUGGCAAGGGGCUCUCCGCGCGCCUCCCCGGUCGCGGCGCCGGGACGGAUGCGGCGUCCGCCGGGCGCUCACUACAACAAGAGGCAGCCGGGGACCGCGGCCGCGGCAGGAGCUGCCCCGGGAGCCGGCGGACGGGCCCGCACGCCUGUCCGAGAGCCGUCAGUGUCCGCGAGCUGACCAAGGUCCCCGGCACUGCUUGCGGGGCGCGGAGAGCUGCCCGAGCCGCGGUCGGUGAUUAG